AUGGCAAAGCGCUUGUUGGACUCUCCUCCAAGCUUCAUGUGGUGGGCGCGGGAUGAUGUCGAACUCACCGAACCAAAUUCAACAAGGCCUUCAUUCAUGAGCGAAGAUAUCUCAGUAGUUAGCGACACCGUGAUGAUCACGCUGCCAACCGGAGGCACCACGACACCUCUCACUCCAACUACGACAAAUGGGCCACCGAUGACGCUGUUCUCAGGUGGGGCAUCGCCGGAUAUCCGCCACAAGAUAGAAAAUGCAUCCCCUACAACAGCAAGACAUGUGGCUAUGAGGAUGUAUCAGAGCAUGAAAAAACACGGACUGAGAGAAGAGGCCACCAGGGUGGUUGCUCAGGAUGACGAGGAGUAUUCGACGGAGUUGGGAAGAAAGAGUGAGAGUCAGGAGCUGCUUGGGAUGGAGUACAUGUUAAGGGACGGUUUCGUAAAUUAUCUACGAGAUAUGGUCAAAAUCACUCCUCCAAUACCCCAACAGGUCCCAGACUGGAAAACUCACCUGCGAGAUUUUGUUUCAGGGAGUGGAAAGAGCACUCUCCUUGAAGUGCUAGCAGGGAGAGCCAUAGUGUCCAAGAAUGUUAAUGUGCAGGGAGCAGUCACAUAUAACGACAAGCAUGCCUCCCAGAUUUGUCUCAGCAGACUGAUUGCUUACAUAAGCGGCCAGCCAAACCAGCACAUUCCGUUUCUUACAGUUCGUGAGACACUCGAGUUCGCAAGGGAUUGCACUCAGGGUCUUCGGCCAGAAAACUUCACUCCUCAGAUGAGGAAAUUCUUCGCACAUGCACUGGUGGAGGGCAAGAUCCAUUCCUGGAGAGAGGCCUCUGACAGUGAUCGCCAGAAGCUGACAACAGCUGAGUUGGCUCUCGGAACAUAUUCUGUCAUGCUAUAUGAUCAGCCGAUUUCUGGGUCUGAUCUGGCUGCUACAUACAGGCUGGUCGACACUAUAAGAACCGUUAGCAGGAUUCAGCAAUCAUCUGCAGUCAUGGCUCUGACUCAACUAUCACAAGAUGUGUUUGAUCUGUUCGACAGAGUACUGUUGCUCCGUGAAGGACAAGUUCUGUUCCAAGGACCUCGUCAGGAUGCCAUCCCUUACUUUACCAAACUCGGGUAUGCCAAACCGUCACAUGUAGAUUGCUACGAGUUCCUGGAAGAUAUUGCAGCAGGGAAUGGUUCACAAUACGUGCCACCAGGAGCAUCACCCUAUACACUAGAGGAUCUUGUGGACUGUUACAGGGCUUCAGAUCACAAUAAGGAUAUCAUGAGAAUAAUUGCCUCAAAAGAUGUCAAGCAAACAUACUGGCUAGAAAGCGAACCAGGGCUUGGAUUAUCCCUCAAAAGACCAGCCAAGUACCAAUCCUCAACUGACAGAGCACCAAGACGAGAAACAGAACUGGUAGUUACCAAGCUCUCUAAGAAAGUAGGACAUUCAGGGGGUAUCAGGAGUACAGGAAGAGUGCAAGUUGGGGAUGUGGUAACCGCAAUAUCACUGAAUAAAGAAGAAAUGAUUUAUCUAUCAGUUGGACACCAGAAGGUUCAGAAAGACCGCACCAUACAUGUACACUCCAUACUGAAGCAGACAAGACCCCGCAUUCGUCUCCAAGUUGAGCGCGAAAAAGAAGAGGCACUAGUAUAUGCUGUUUGUCUCUAUUUUCAAGCUGGCCUAUCCCUGGCAGGAAAUGGAGUGCCACUCUUCACAUAUUUAGCCCUUUUGUUCUUGGUAGCUUUCUUCGGAUCAUCAUUGUUCUUCUUCCUGAGUGCUCUAUCUUCGAUUCCAGAAGUAGGGAACGCUUUGGCAGGUCUACUAGUCUCAACCUUCCUACUUUUCAGCGGCUUUGUGAUCUAUCCAUCAAAGAUCCCAACCUACUGGAAAUGGCUUGUCCAUGUGAACCCAAUUCACUGGGCCAAUAUUUCAUUCUGCCGACUUCAGUUUCUCGAGGGCUACACAGAUCCGUGUUCUGAUUACCUAGGUCAUCUACCCUACUGUGAUCAGUUCCCAAGAAUGACAGUUGGAAAAGCAUACCUGAAAUUCUAUGAACUAUCUGGAGAUACUGGGAGACCCUGGCUGCCAUAUACCAUUCUAUUGGGAUGGAUAGCCAUGGUCAAUUUCUUUGCACUGCUGGGGCUAAAGAAGAUAGAAUUCAGAGGAAUAAGCCAGUCAUUGCCCCAUCUCAGAAGAAAUGCACGAGUCAUCAGCAAAUAUGCAGAGACAAGCAAGAAGAAUAUGGGACAGACACCAGUCAUAGUGAGAACUCUACUGACAUCAGUACUUCCAUGCAUGCUUCGUAUAGCUACAGGACAGAAUGCCGCACUCCGCCUAGGAAAAACAAUAGACUCCAUGAAUUCUCGCGUUCAUGUUGAAUUAGUCCUCAGCCAACUGAAUCUGAUAACCUAUGCCAACCAACUUGUUGGUUCUCUACGUGGCAACACAGGGAAGACUUACGAAAUAGCCAAAAAGAUUACCAUUGCAGUUGAACUGGUAGCAAAUCCAAGCAUUCUUCUUCUUGAAGACCCAAUAUCUGGCCUUGAUAGUGCAGGGAUUUGGAGCAUCCUCAAUAGUCUCUCUAACGUUGCAGAUUCAGGAAGGGUCAUCAUUGCAUCUCUCACACACCCUAAUGCACGCGUUCUGUCAUCCUUUCACAUGGCCCUCGUCCUAACAAGAGAAGGCCAUCAAGCAUACUUUGGUCCUGUCGGGCAUCACUGCCAAGCGUUGCUGGGAUAUUUUAAGUCCAUCCCGAAUGCCCCUCAUUACUCCAGGAGAGUAAGCCCAAUUAGCUUUGUGAUGGAUGCCCUUGGAUUGGGUAUGGAAGAAGCUUCACAAGCUCCUGCAUUAGAUUAUGCACAGAUUUAUCAAUCCAGCUCUUUGCAGGAGAUCAACAACAAUGAAAUCUGCACAAUAAAGACAUCAAUCAAGGGCAGCAAGUUAGAGGAUAUACCUUCAAAUUAUCCUGCUCCAUAUUCAACACAAGCUCUUUUGGUACUUCUGAGAACACAGAGAUUCUUGUGGAGGAAUGUGCAGUAUACGUUUGGUAGACUGACAGGCUGCAUCGUGAUUGGUCUAUUGAUGGGGUCCUUAUACUAUCAAGUAGAAUACAAAGACACCUUUGGAGCUACGUCGCGUUCACUAUACAUAUACAUGCAAGUUAUUCUCAUAGGUGUUAUCUCAGCCAACAACGUGAUUCCCCAGCUCGGAACAGAUAGGUUAGUCUACUUUCGGGAGAAAAGGGCAAGAAUGUACCUUCCAAUAUUCUAUCCAAUAUCAUGGGCAGUGGGGGAGAUUCCAUACUUUCUCAUGGCUACAUUUGCAGUUAUGGGGAUCGGAAAUGGCAUGGCAGGAAUUGCAACUGAUUCCAUGAGGGAAUUCCUCCUAUAUUGGUUAGUGCUCUUCAUAUUCACCCUUUGUGUGACCUACUUCGGGAUGAUGAUCACUUUCCUAGCACCAGCACCAGUUCUUGCAGCAUUUGUGGUGUCAAUUGUGACAUCAAUUUGGGUUUCGGCUUCUGGAGUGGUUGUUUUGUUCUCGGACAUAAGGUUCUAUAAGUGGAUGUACUGGAGCAACCCAUUCCAGUAUGCCAUGAACAUGAUGACCUCUCUCAGUUUCUACUGCAACACAAAGGCUUGCAACACAACAGGCUGCUCCUGUCCCAAAUUCUCAGAUGGGUCUUACGUGUGGGACAGGUUAGCAUCAAUAAGAAGCUUGAGUUAUGAGAGAAUGGAGACAGACUUGUCGAUAUUGGCUGCAAUGUCUCUGCUGUUUGCAAGUCUAGCGUUCAUACUCUUUGUUGUACUAAAGCAUAACUCAUCGCCCCAGUGA